CAUCACCCAGAAUGCCGCGCGGCUCCCUUUGAAAAGCGGCGCGGCCGAUUCAAGAUGGCGGAGGUGGAGGAGCUACCGGAUGAGAGCUCUUCAGCGAAGGCUCUCGUGAGUUUGAAAGAAGGAAGCUUGUCCAGUACAUGGAAUGAGAAAUACAUUGCGUUAUCCAAGACUCCUCCAUGGAAAGGAAGAAACGCCUGCUCUCUUGUUGAGACUCCAACAAGAAGCAUGAAAAGGAGAUGCCUCUUGAGUGAAGAGGAGGAGAGGCAGCUGCAGAGCACCAAGUCUCCCAAAAGGAACCAGAGAUUUGCCAUGCACCCUCAGAAAUAUUCUGCAGCCUUGGCAAUGCCUGAUAAGAAGGUUGCCCAGAAGAUCGGUUUGCGCCUGAGGAACUUGCUAAAACUUCCCAAGGCCCACAAGUGGUGCAUCUAUGAGUGGUUUUACUCAAAUAUUGACAAGCCACUUUUCGAGGGCGAUAAUGAUUUCUGUGUGUGCCUGAAAGAAUCCUUCCCAAAUCUAAAAACUAGGAAACUGACCAGAGUCGAGUGGGGCAAAAUCAGGAGGCUAAUGGGAAAGCCCCGUCGCUGUUCAGCAGCAUUCUUUGCAGAAGAGCGGGCUGCCUUACAAGUCAAACGUCAGAAGAUCAGACUUCUGCAACAGAGGAAAGUGACAGAGCUGUCUCAAUACAAAGACCUCCCAGAUGAGAUCCCAUUGCCUCUAGUUAUAGGAACAAAAGUCACCGCACGACUUCGAGGUUUUCACGAUGGCCUGUUUACGGGACAGAUCGAUGCUGUUGACACUAUUAACGCCACAUACCGAGUCACGUUUGACAGGACAGGACUGGGAACACACACUGUACCUGAUUAUGAAGUUCUUAGCAACGAGCCUCAUGAAACCAUGCCUAUCACUGCCUUCGCUCAGAAGCAGCGACCUUCCAGAUAUUACUUGACACCACCACGGCUGCCUUAUGCUACCAGCAUCCAGUCUCCUAUCACAGACAAUGAUCCACUUCUGGGUCAAUCGCCUUGGAAAAGCAAACUGUCAGCUACUGAAGGAGACACACUUGGGGGGUUUCCUAUUGAAUUUCUUAUCCAGGUGACAAGGUUAUCAAAAAUUCUCAUGAUCAAGAAAGAGCACAUCAAACAGUUAAAAGAAAUGAACACGGAUGCAGAGAAACUGAAAUCAUACUCUGCUCCCAUUGGGAUAGACUUUCAAAAACGAUAUGCGACAAUUGUUUUAGAAUUGGAGCAGCUAAAUAAAGAUCUGAACAAGGUGCUCAAUAAAGUCCAGCAGUAUUGUUAUGAGCUCGCUCCUGACCAGGGCUUGCAACCCAUGGACCAGCCCACAGACAUGCGCAGGAGGUGUGAGGAGGAAGCACAUGAGCUUGUACGACAGGCAAACACGUCACAAACUGGGCAGGCCAGUGUGAGGAAUGAAAACCUCACUGAUCUAAUAGCCAGGCUGACAGCAGUGCUGCUACAGAUAAAGUGCCUGGCAGAAGGAGGGGACUUAAACUCUUUUGAAUUCAAAUCAUUGACGGACUCUUUGAAUGACAUCAAAAGCUCUAUAGACGCUUCUAACAUAAGCUGCUUCCAAAACAACGUUGAAAUCCAUGUAGCCCACAUCCAGAGCGGCCUCAGCCAAAUGGGAAACCUCCAUGCCUUCACUGCCAACAACACCAACAGGGAUUGAAGGAAAACAAUGAACAUUCGUCCAGGACAGUCGUAUGGGUCAAGCAUGAGCCUGUGAGUGGCAGAAGGAAAGAAGAGAUCGUUUUUUUUUUAAAUUUAACUAAAACACAUAUAAUAGGGAGAGCAAUUUCUGUGCUCCUACUCUGUACUUUUUCAUUAAAUAUGUAGCGCAGCAGCGGCCUGAGCUCUUCAGGAGUCUGAUUUAUUUUUGUAUGUUUGGCCAUUUAAAGGUUUAUUACUCAUGCUUUCUCUAACUGUAACUGUAAAUAGUAACUGUAAACUGAGGAUGUUGAGCUGAAUUAUGUAAAAAUGUAAAUAGUUUUUAUUUUUAAAAACACAGAAAAAGGAAUGUCGCGACGGCCAUCUCCAGAUGCACUGGUUGCAUCUUCCAGUCCUGGAGUUCCAUGGUGCUGAAGAUUUUCUCUUCUGCCUCCAUUUCUGUCCUGAUUUCUCUCCUGCAGCAUUUGAGACAGGCUGUGGUCACUGACUGGCCUACACUUCCACUCAACAGGUUCAGUCAGUGUAGCCCCACUCCCACCCCUGCCCAAGACUCUGUUCCUCUCUGGUUUUGGGAAUAAAGUGAGAUCUGUGUUGGCGAAGAAGAUCGCUAUCAUUCCCAGCGAUACAAGAUCACAGCUUUCAGGUGAGGUGCCGCUCAGAGCAAGUGGCUGACAGAGGAGAGAAGGAGGUGGGCAGAGAAUGUAAUGAGGUGCCUCAGAACCCUUCACCCUCCUCUUGGAGCUCAAGGUUUUAUCCUCUGCUCUGCUCACAAUAGACCAGAAAGAUCCCAAACUCAUCACAUCUGUUCCAUAUAGUUCUCUGUACUGCAUGUGGAGCCAGUGAGAAGUCU